UAGCAAAAUGGAAGGAGCAACUCCUUUAGUGUUAUGUAGUCACUUUGUUGUCAUGUUGAUCCUACUUCUACCAGAUACAUCAGUGGCUGAACCAAGAUCCCAGAUAAUCCAGCUCAUAUGUGGAAACAAAUCGACGGUUUCCGUCCCAAAUUUUGUUGGUACAAUGGAAACGUUAAGUGAACAAGUGAGAGCUAGAGGAUAUGGAGUAGCCGUUACUGGCACUGGACCAGAUGCUACUUAUGGAAUUAGCCAAUGCUAUGGUGAUCUUUCAUUAAUUGACUGUGUCUUAUGCUUCUCUGAAGCGCGAACCCUUUUUCCCCAGUGCUUCCCUUAUAACGGAGCGCGAAUUUAUCUUGAUGGCUGCUUUAUGCGAGCGGAGAAUUACAGCUUCUAUGACAAGUAUUUAGGUCCAGAGGACAGGCGAGUAUGCGGAAACAGGACGACAAAGGGUUCAUUGUUCCAACAGAAUGCUAGGGCAGCUGUUCAGCAAGCAGUUGCAAAUGCACCGAGUAAUAAUGGCUAUGCGCGUUCCCAAGUGUCAUUUCCCAGGGAUUCCAAUGAUACAGCUUAUGUUCUCGCUGAUUGCUGGAAGACGCUGAGUGCGAAUUCCUGUGCAGCGUGUUUGCAAAAUGCAUCUGCCUCUAUGUUGAGAUGCUUGCCUUGGUCAAAAGGUAGAGCUCUGUACACCGGAUGCUUCAUGAGGUAUUCCGAUACCAAUUUUCUCAAUGCUAUUACUACCAACGGAGGCUCGUCAUCAAGGGGUACUUUUUUCUCUUUUUUCGGUGUUUUGGCAGAUGGGAGAGAGAUCGCCGUCAAAAGGCUGUUCUUCAACAACAAACACAGAGUUGCAGGUUUUUAUAACGAGGUUAACAUAGUCAGCAGCAUUGAGCACAAAAAUUUGAUAAGGUUAUUGGGAUGCAGCUGCUCAGGACCGGAAAGCCUUCUUGUAUACGAGUUCCUCCCUAACCAGAGUCUUGAUCGCUUCAUAUUUGACCCUAUCAAAGGUAAAGCUCUAAACUGGGAGAAAAGAUUUGAGAUAAUUAUAGGUACAGCAGAAGGAUUGGUAUACCUUCACGAGAACACAAAGACACGAAUAAUACACAGAGACAUAAAGGCAAGCAACAUCCUGUUGGACUCGAGGCUCCGUGCAAAGAUUGCUGAUUUUGGGUUGGCCAGGUCAUUCCAAGAAGACAAGAGUCACAUAAGCACUGUCCUUGCUGGCACAUUGGGAUAUAUGGCUCCAGAAUACUUGGCACAUGGUCAAUUAACAGAAAAAGCAGAUGUUUACAGCUUUGGAGUUCUUCUACUGGAGAUUGUUACUGGAAGACAAAAUAACAAGAGAAAAAAAGACGAAGAUACAGUCAGCAUAGUUUCCGAUGUGUGGGAGCACUUUGAACGCGGGAUAGUGGAGGAGCUGUUCGAUCCUAAUCUCAUGUUGCAUAACUGCCAUACAAUCAAUGUACAAAAUGAGGUAGCGAGAGUGUUACAUGUUGGACUUUUGUGCACUCAAGAGAUCCCAAGGUUACGUCCAUUCAUGUCUAAGGCAUUAAAAAUGCUCGUGAUGAAAGACGAAGAGUUGCCUCCUCCUACUAAGCCGCCAUUCGUGGAUGAGAAAACCAUGGAUCUUCAUGACCCUUGGGAGGAUUACUCAAUUAAACAAGGCAAUUCUUCUUCAGUUGCCAACUUAUCUCAUAGUUCUUUUUACCCCAGAUGAUGAUAUCUCAGUGUCCUGAAAUUGAAGCAUAGAUUAUAGGCAUAUACAUAG